GUGAGCAGUGGCCGGGGUGAAGAUCUAUGAAGUGGGCCUGCCUGGUGGGCUGAUGCUACGAUUCCAGGAGCCUUGGUGGUGGGGAGAGGACGUCUGAGCAGCAGUUUCUCCACACAGACUCCAGCUCCAUGGCCGCCCACCUGCUCCUCCUGGGCAUCCUCCUCCUGCUGCUUCCCCCACCGGCCCCUGCCCCUUGCCACACGGCCGCACGCUCCGAGUGCAAGCGCAAGCUCAAGUUUGUGCCCGGUUCAUGGCUGGCAGGGGAGGGUGUGGAUGUGACCAGCCUCCGCCGUUCAGGAUCCUUCCCGGUGGACACACGUAGGUUCCUGCGGCCUGACGGCACCUGCACCCUCUGUGAAAAUGCCCUAGAGCCAGGCACCCUCCAGCGCCUGCCCCUGGCAGUCACCGACUGGCAUGCCCAGGGCUCUGGCUGCCAGCACCAUGUGGCCAGGGCCAAAGCCAGCUCCACUGAAGCCGUGGCUCGGGAGGCAGCUGGCAGCAUUCGCAAUGACUGGAAGGUGGGGCUGGAUGUGACUCCCAAUCCCAACAUCAACACACAUGUGACCAUGGCUGGCUCACAUUCUCAGGCAGCCAAUUUUGCAGCCGACAAGAGCCACAAGGACCAGUACAGCUUCAGCACUGACUCAGUGGAGUGUCGCUUCUACAGUUUUCGCCUGGUGCACAUGCCCCCACUCCACCCUGACUUCAGGAGGGCCCUCAGGGACCUGCCCCCCCACUUCAAUGCCUCCACCGAACCCAGCUACCUCAGGCUCAUCUCCAACUACGGCACUCACUUCACCCGGGCCGUGCAGCUGGGCGGCCGCAUCUCAGCCAUCACUGCUCUGCGCACCUGCGAGCUGACCCUGGAAGGCCUCACGGCCAACGAGGUGGAGGACUGCCUGAACGUCGAGGCCCAGGUCAGCAUAAGCGGCCGUGCCAGCUCGUCGGCUGAAUCCAAAACCUGUGAGGAGAGGAAGAAGAAGCACAAGAUGACGGCCUCCUUCCACCAGUCCUUUCACGAACGCUAUUCUGAAGUGGUUGGCGGCCACCACACCUCCAUGCACGACCUGCUGUUCGGGAAACAGACCGGGCCUGAGCACUUCUCAGCCUGGGUGACCACAUUGACCGGCAGCCCCGGCCUGGUGGACUAUACCCUGGAGCCUCUGCAUGUGCUCCUGGAAAACCGGGACCCGAGGCGGGAGGCACUGAGGCAGGCUGUGAGUAAGUAUGUGACAGACAGGGCCCGCUGGAGGGACUGCAGCCGGCCGUGCCCCCCGGGGCAGCACAAGAGCCCCCAUAACCCAUGCGAGUGCAUGUGCCACAGCUCGGCGGCCACUACCCGGGACUGCUGUCCACGGCAGAGGGGCCUAGCCCAGCUGGAGGUGAUCCUCAUCCAAGCAUGGAAUCUGUGGGGAGACUUUUCCACUGCUACCGAUGCCUAUGUGAAGGUCUUCUUCGGUGGCCAGGAGCUAAGGACGGGCACCGUGUGGAACAAUAACAACCCCAAGUGGAUGACACGGCUGGAUUUCGGGAACGUGCUCCUGGCCACAAGAGGGCCCCUGAGGGUGCAGGUCUGGGAUGCAGACCAUGGCUGGGACGAUGACCUCCUUGGGAGCUGUGACCGAACUCUAAAGUCUCAUCCACAAGGGAAAGAGGAGGUCUGCAACCUGAAUCAUGGUCACCUGAAAUUCCGCUACUACGCCAAGUGCCUGCCCCAUUUGUCAGGGGACAGUUGCCUGGAGUACGCCCCCCAAGGGCUUCUGGGAGAGCCACCAGGAAACCGCAGCGGGGCCGUGUGGUGAGAAUGGUGAGCUCUGAGAGGAACCCUACACUUGGACUACAGGGACUCUCAGAGUGGGAGCUGGGCCUGUCUUCAUAUUCCCAUUAGACAGAUAGAAAACUGCGGCCCAGACUGUUUUUCACUGAGGAGGCUGAAUUUAGAGGUCAACCCCAAAUCUCCCUGACCAGCCUGCCUCAGACCGCCAAUAUUCCUGGGUCCUCAGUCUCUGCCUCAUAGCCCACAGCUUCUGCCAGGAGCUGGUCAGAGGCCCACAGUCUACUCCCACCAGGCUGCCCAGUGCUCCUCUCCUCAGAACCCCCCUUGAGCCCUUUUCUGGCAUGGCAAAUGCUUCAUCACCUUGGGCGGAGCCCCCGUGACCCCAAGUUGCUGUUUGCUCUGUCUUCUCUGCCCACCAGGCUUUGCCUCUCAGACACAUCAAAGGCUGUCCUGACCUGUCUUACAGUGUCCAUUGCUUAACAGAGGACCAAUAAAUACGAUUUGUCCACGAUGGUGGUUGUGGCAGAGGGGAGAAUGGGCACCUCACACACCCUGAAGAUAGGGAACUCGCACAUAGUAACCCAUAGAAAACAGGCAGGCAAGCAAGGAAAGGAACAGUUUUUCUACUUUUGCUGGAAAUGGGGGGACCAAAAAUAUUUUACUUUCUUCAUAACUCUGACUCAAGAAACAGCAGAAUAAACUUGGUGAUAAAUGGCAAUGCACAUUCAGCUUCCAGAUGAAAAGCAACAGGGAACAGCAGGGCACACAUCUCAUCUACACGGGGAGGCUGCCCCUCUGUCCAGCCAAACAUUCCAAGCAAGAAUGUGAGCCCAGGGCUGCCAGGUCUUCUAGUUUUUCUAAAUAACCAGAAACCCCAACUUGACUUCUAGCAGUGGGAAUUGAUUUCACUUUGUGAAAAUAAACCCUUGUGGGCAAACUCAGUAAAAAAAAAAAAACACGUAUGUGGGCUAUAAUUGAUCUAGGGCCACCAGUUUUGAAAACUGUACUUUUGACAGAACCCAUUUACUCAUGCUGAAAAGCUGUCUCCUGUCUCACAAUUCAAGGAGAAAGACCACUGGCUCCAACAAUGUGGUCUUUGUGGGAAUCCCUAGCCUUGGAUGCAGUAAAUCCAGAGUCUUGAGUUCCAACAUGGAAUGAAGUGGUCUUUGUUUCAUGGGUCUGGGACACAGGCCUUAGCACACAGGCCCACAGAGGGGGUGACAAGAUUCAGGGCAGCUUCCUAGACCUGGCAGGAAGGGCCAGUGUCAGAGGGCUCAGAGGAGCUGGCAUGGCCCUCCUGACUCUUUGAAACUCCCUGUCAAUUAAGCUCCUUGAGGUUCGUGUAGGACCCAUAGGACCAAAAGCCAAGCAGUGACAUUAUCUGACCCUAAAUCUUCAGGUGGAGCAGAAGGGAUGAGCAAGGUCUAGAAGCCUGGUUGAAAACGCUGUUCUUCCAUGCUUCUGUUCACAGUCAUACACUCAAAUGACAGCACAAGAGAGAUCUGGACACUUGCGGCUCCCUGCUGCACUGGUUAGAAACAAACAUGGGUGUGGACAGUGCCUUCCGGGAAAGGCAGGUCCACAGGUCCAGGAUAGGCCAGCUCUGACAAAGGGUGGGAGUCUUGGUCAAUAGGUAUAAAUCUAUUGGGAAGUACCAGGAGCCCAAGGAGAACAUGCACUUCACCCAGUUAUCCCAGCCAAGGGUCAAGGGAACUGAGGUGUUCAUACACUACCUCCCAUCAGUCAUUAGUUAAGGACUCCUGGAGGUGGGCAUUAAUUCUCCCUCACUCCUGGCCCAUCAAAGGGGCAGGCAGAACAGAGUCCACUGACUAGAAAAAAACACGCUGGAAAGAGGGGUAGAGGCUGAGAAUCCAAGUGCAGGGAGAUGCACCAAGAUGCUGCCUGCGACCACUGACAUUCAUGCCCUUGGAAACCUGAGUCAUGGUUUGUGGGAAGCGCGAGUUCCAGGGCAGUGGCCAAAGGGCUGCUGGUGGGACUGUCCAGGACUUAGGGGUUCAGGAGAAUGAGGGCAGGCACCGGGGCUCCACAGCAGUACCCUCACUGGGCCAGUUCCCAGGCAGGAUCUGGGGACAGUGUUCCUGAAUGCUUAGCCUCCCCCACCACCCU